CUCCAAAUAAUAGAUAGACAUGCCUGUCCAGGUCAAGUUUUGUGUAUAUAUAAACACACACAGCAGACACACAAAGGCACACCAAUUAAACUUAGAUAUUUCAUCUAAAGGAAGUCUACAUUAUUUGUGUUGCUAGCUAGCUCUUCUCAAAGUCGCAAAAUAUGACGAUUGUGGAAAUGAGAGUGCACAUGGACUGUCCAGGAUGCGAAAGUAAAAUAAGAAAGGCUCUCAAGAAGCUUAAGGGAGUGGACAACAUUGACAUAGACAUGAACAUGCAAAAGGUGACAGUAACAGGAUGGGCAGAGCAGAAAAAAGUCCUCAAAACAGUGAGGAAAACUGGAAGGAAAGCUGAACUAUGGCCAUAUCCAUACAAUCCUGAAUACCAUAACUAUAUGCACCAUUAUUAUGACACAUUCUACAGCAGGCCAAGCACGCACUUCGCCCCACCUUCUUCUUUCUACAACUACCGCGAGCAUGGCUACAAUGGCCAUGCUCACGGUUACUAUGCAGAGCUACCUUACAAUACUAUUUUUGAUGAACGAACCAGACACAUGUUUAGUGAUGAUAAUGCCACUGGCUGUUCUAUAAUGUGAUUUGAGCUGAUUCAGGAUGCUCAUUAGGGGGUUUGCAAUGCUCUAUUUGCUUUCUUUGUUCUAUCUUUUAGGUAGAUGUUUGAUUUGCAAAAUUAGGCUUGUUUUGGGGUGUUUGUUUUUUUUAUAGCUCCAUUGAGGUCGAGAAAGGGGGGAAAACUAUGCAGCUUACAAUGGAAUCAAGGUCUGCUUGUGUUGUUCUUUUGCUUGCUUAAUCCAUAUUUGAAUGUAUAUAUUUAGUUUUUCUUUA